GAUGAGCUUGAUUCGCUAUUUCCAUCACUCUCGUCCCCCCACAACGCAAUUCCCAUCUCUCUCGUUCUUCUAGGAUGAUGUGCCAAAGACUGUAGGAAGGAGAUAAAAAUCAUAAAAUCACCCGGACCCAGUCGAAAUUUGGCUGCACGCAAAUUUCAGAAUAUCCAAUGGGCUUAGAUGUUGCUGUACGUUCAACCUAAUAUGAAGAAGAAGAAGAAGAAGAAGAGAACAAUAUGCUUCAUCCAGGUACAUAUCUAUAAAAGGCAUGCAAAACCCUUAACAAUCCCAACAAAUUUUGCCAUCCAUUCCACGCCGCCUAAUAAAGACACAGACUUGCAGUACGCAGGCAAAACAUGUCUCUCUUGUUGGGUCUGAGAAGGGUUUCCCGAUCCUUCAACACCCUAAUACGCUAUCGUUCCUUUGCCCAUCGUCCCUUCACCACUCAAUCUUGCAGCCGCCGAAUCCUGUUCUCUGUCGGGCGAGAGUGCCGGGAAUACUUUUACUCCGCAAAAAUCCAAAAGGAUGGCGCCCUAGGCCCUGCCACUAUGCUCCCCCCAAUCCCUUCCAAAGAACUUCUCGGAUUCGACUUGUCUUGGUCGAAAUCAUCUGAAGUCCUCGGCGGCAAUAUCUUCCUUCGCUCGGACGGUCAAAUACACAUCUAUAGUCCCGACACCGAAGGUCCUCGUUGUUCAAUCUGUCUGGCUAUCUGGAACAUUGUUGAAUAGGUUUUUUUGGGUUUUCACACGGGGUAGCGGAUCAUGGAGUCAGAUGCAACCUUUUCCAAAAUUUGACUUUCCCCUCGAUUUUCGAAAGGUUGUUUUUGCAAAUGGCGCAAUUCAUUGUAUUUGUGAUGGUGAUGCACAUUUCAGUAGCAGAAGUUGUCCGUCUGAGAAAAAUAUAUUGGCUUUUGAUAUGGGGGGGGGGGCAACUCAGAAAGAUUCGGCAUCCUGAUGAUUCGUUCACUGGAAAGCUAACUCAAUUUGGUGGACGUUUGGCUUUGAUAGAAGACUUCCCUUCGCCGAAGUCAUCUUUUUCAUUCGGGUCGCAGAAGGGGCCCGAUGAGGUGGAGUACGACAAGUUGCGGAUAUGGAUAUUGGAUGACUACAAGAAUCCCAAGUGGAUUAAGGAAACAAUUCAUUUACCUUUUGAUUGGAUGAGGUCUAACCAUCUUAUUGCCUUCGACUAUAACACCGGCGAGAUGAUGUUAAAAUCGCAGGGUGUAGCGGCGCACUCUCUGGAUAGUCUAUACUUUAUCUAUUAUAAUACAAAGACGGGAACUUUUAGGCGGGAGGAAGUCACCGGAUUCCCCAAUUUAUAUUGGAUCGAGGACGACGAGGAGGAUUGUUUUUAUUUUGGAGUUGAAGAAGUUAAUUUCGAUGACGAGAUGGAGAGGCAGAAAAGUUUCUAAAAAGCCAAGCAGCAAGUGCAGAUGACAAUUAUAGCUAGGGAUGAUGAGGCUAAUUCAUCCCUAUAAACAAUUAUGCUCAUCCUCUGAUGAUCAGUGCAACUGCUUCGUCUGUUGUAAACUUCGUCUGUUGUAAACUGUUGUUGUUGUUGUUUUUUUUUUUUUUUUUUUUCCCGCUUUUCAGGACAAAAUAUUCUCCUUUAAUAUUAUCAUAAUACCUUCAUAAUAAAUUUUAUAAUCGAGA